GGAAACUGUAUUGGAAAAGGACAGUUUGGAUCAGUUUACAGGGGCCUUGAUCUUACUACAGGCGAGAUUGUAGCCGUUAAGAGGGUAAAGAUUGUCAAUGGCGAACUAGAUCAAGAAGAAAUCAUGGCAAAAGUUAGUCUUCUCAAGGCUUUAUCUCACACCAAUGUUAUUCAAUACAUUGGUUUUAUCAAAACACAGAAUCAUAUGAAUAUUAUUCUCGAAUAUGCAGAAAAUGGUUCUCUCAUGUCUACUCUCAAGGCAUUCGGUGCAUUCCCUGAGAAGUUGGUGGCCUCGUUUUCUAUCAAGUUAUUGAAUGGGCUAGAGUAUCUGCACGCCAACGAGGUUGUUCAUUGUGAUCUCAAGGCUGCAAAUAUCUUGACCACUAAGACAGGAGAUGUUAAGCUCACUGACUUUGGUAUCUCACUCAACUUGAAAAUCAAAUGUGCAGAUGCAGGAGCUGUAUCCGGUACCCCCAACUGGAUGGCUCCAGAAGUCAUUGAACUAAAGGGAGCUUCGACAAAAUCAGAUAUCUGGUCUUUAGGAUGUACUAUAGUUGAACUAGCGACAGGAAAACCUCCUUACGCCAAUUUGAUUUCAAUGUCUGCCAUGUUCCGCAUAGUAGAAGACGACUAUCCGCCUAUCCCAAAGAACAUCUCAGAGGAAAUGCAUAGUUUUCUCUUGUGUUGUUUCCAAAAGAACCCAGACCAUCGUCCAACAGCUACAGAACUUAAGGAGCAUAUCUGGAUUCGAAACAAC